AUGCCGAAGCGCCUGCACUCGGACCAAGGAAUGACAUUCAGAAGCAAGCUUGUGAAGCAGCUUUGCCGUAUGACAGGUAUUUCUCAGUCUCAGACUACACCAUAUCAUCCACAGGGCAACGGACAGUGCGAGCGCUUUAACCGCACAUUAUUGAGCAUGCUCGGAACCCUUGAAGAGGAGGAGAAACGGGACUGGAAAUCCUACGUUGCACCCUUAGUGCACGCAUAUAACGCCACGAGGAACGAGUCUACGGGAUACUCGCCCUUUUAUCUCAUGUACAGGAGAGAGCCACGAUUACCUGUAGACCUUGCCUUCGGAAUCGAGUCGGACAAUUCGAGGGAAGCAUUACACUCCUAUGUGGAGUCGAUGCGAAGACGACUUAAGGAUUCCUACACUAUUGCCCUCACCAGGGGUAACGCAGCUAAAGCUAGACAGAAAACCGGAUACGAUGUACGGAUUCGUGGAGCCUUUGUCCGCGACGGGGAUCGGGUCUUGGUUAAAACGGUUGCUUUCGAGGGGAAGCAUAAGCUUGCAGACAAAUGGGAGGAGGAAAUAUAUGUUGUUCUAGACCAACCCAACCCAGAUAUGCCUGUCUAUGUUGUACAGAAGGAGGAUUGUGGAGGGAGAAAGCGUACUCUACACAGAAACCUUCUCCUUCCCGUCGGUUCCCUGGCAACCGAUACCGAUGACAGGAAUGAUGAUACCUUUACACCACGGCAAACCCCAACCGCAGCACCAAGAUUGACACGACGGAGUGUGAAGGAACUACGGAGAGCGUCUCAGGCCAAACCUGAGGACACAAUGGAAGUUUCCUCCAUUGCCAACUCCGAUGACAGCGAUACGGAACUCUUUGUGUCAGUGCCCUCUAUGCCAGCUGUUGGUGACGCCCAGGCAGGUGCCACGGAUACAGCAGCUGAGCAGCCUGUAAACGACCAUCAGUCGACAAUGGUCCCUGCUGAAGAGGAUGCAGACUCCGUUAUUGAUAGGACCAAUAGGGAGGAUGUUGAUGCACUGGGAGAACAGGAGGAGGAUACAGCCGGGGUAGAGUCUCCAACAAUUCCGAGACGUUCGGGGAGAGUCCGUCGACCACAUAAGAAGUUCACCAGUGGUGAUUAUGUGAUGACAGCAGGUACAGCCCCAGAUCUGUCAUGGAUGCGGAAGGUGGAUUAUCUUCGCUCCGUGGUCUCUGGCGAUAUUCUUGCUCCAGGAGCAGAACGGAUUUUGGAGGCUGUAUUGUCAGUGAUACAGACAUCAACCUGA